AUGUCUAAGCGACAUCGUUUAGAUCUGGGUGACGAUUAUUCGUCGAGUAAAAAGAGGUCCUCUGAUGGGCGUGACAGAGACCGUGAUGAGAGGUCACGAGACCGCGAUCGAGACCGUGACAAGGACAGAGAUGUGAAGCCGUCCGGGGUGCCCACCAUCCCAGCUGCAGGCAGUACUGGCUUCCUUAAGCAACCUUCUAUACAGCAGCAGAUUAACCCCUUCACCAACCUGCCCCACACACCACGCUACUAUGAGAUCCUCAAGAAGCGGCUGCAGCUGCCUGUCUGGGAGUACAGAGAGAGCUUCACUGACAUCCUGAUGCGGAACCAGUCUUUUGUGCUGGUGGGAGAGACAGGCUCAGGAAAGACUACACAGAUCCCUCAGUGGUGCGUAGAUAUGAUCCGGUCAUUGCCGGGACCAAAGAGAGCGGUAGCCUGCACCCAGCCCAGGAGGGUUGCAGCCAUGAGCGUUGCCCAGAGGGUUGCAGACGAGAUGGAUGUCAUGCUGGGCCAAGAGGUGGGCUACUCCAUCAGGUUUGAGGACUGCAGCUCCGCCAAGACUGUGCUCAAGUACAUGACAGAUGGAAUGUUGCUGCGGGAGGCCAUGAACGAUCCCCUGCUGGAGCGCUAUGGUGUCAUCAUUCUGGACGAGGCCCAUGAACGCACAUUGGCUACAGACAUCCUCAUGGGGGUCCUCAAGGAGGUGGUCCGCCAGAGGCCUGACCUAAAGGUCAUUGUCAUGAGCGCCACACUCGACGCUGGCAAGUUCCAGGUGUACUUUGACAGCUGCCCACUGCUAACCAUCCCAGGACGUACGCAUCCCGUGGAGAUUUUCUACACACCAGAGCCAGAGCGGGACUAUCUGGAGGCGGCCAUACGCACCGUGAUCCAGAUCCAUAUGUGUGAGGAGGAUGAAGGGGACAUUUUGCUCUUCCUCACAGGACAAGAGGAAAUUGACGAAGCCUGCAAGCGAAUCAAGAGGGAGGUUGACGACCUGGGGCCUGAAGUCGGCGAUAUCAAAAUCAUCCCGCUGUACUCCACGCUGCCUCCACAGCAGCAGCAGAGGAUCUUUGAGCCACCCCCGCCCAAUAAACCAAAUGGUGCCAUCGGAAGAAAGGUCGUCGUGUCAACAAACAUCGCUGAGACGUCCCUGACCAUCGACGGGGUGGUGUUUGUAAUCGAUCCCGGAUUUGCCAAGCAAAAGGUGUAUAACCCACGUAUCAGAGUGGAGUCCCUUUUGGUGACAGCCAUCAGCAAGGCCUCAGCCCAGCAGAGGGCAGGCCGUGCCGGACGUACACGCCCAGGAAAGUGCUUCCGCCUUUACACAGAGAAAGCUUACAAGACAGAAAUGCAGGACAACACGUAUCCAGAAAUCCUGAGGUCUAAUCUGGGAUCUGUGGUGCUGCAGCUCAAGAAACUGGGGAUUGAUGACCUGGUGCAUUUUGACUUCAUGGACCCACCAGCCCCAGAGACCUUAAUGCGAGCCCUGGAGUUGCUGAACUACCUGGCAGCGCUCAACGAUGAUGGUGACCUGACCGAGCUGGGCUCCAUGAUGGCAGAGUUCCCCCUGGACCCCCAGCUGGCCAAGAUGGUCAUUGCCAGCUGUGAGUUCAACUGUUCCAACGAGGUCCUCUCCAUCACUGCCAUGUUGUCAGUCCCACAGUGCUUCGUCCGACCCACGGAGGCCAAGAAGGUGGCUGACGAGGCCAAGAUGCGCUUUGCCCACAUCGACGGCGACCACCUGACGUUGCUCAACGUCUACCAUGCCUUUAAACAGAACCACGAGUCCACUCAAUGGUGUUACGACAACUUUGUCAACUACCGCUCGCUGAUGUCAGCAGACAAUGUACGGCAGCAGCUGUCCAGGAUCAUGGACCGCUUCAACCUGCCCCGAAGGAGCACUGAGUUCAGCAGCAGAGACUACUACAUCAACAUCCGUCGAGCAUUGGUCACUGGCUUUUUCAUGCAGGUCGCUCACCUGGAGCGCACAGGCCACUACCUGACUGUGAAGGACAACCAAGUCGUACAGUUGCACCCCUCCACUGUGCUGGACCACAAGCCUGAGUGGGUGCUUUACAACGAGUUUGUGCUCACCACCAAGAAUUACAUCCGCACCUGUACAGACAUCAAACCUGAGUGGCUGGUGAAAAUUGCCCCGCAGUACUACGAGAUGAGUAACUUCCCCCAGUGUGAAGCUAAGAGACAGUUGGAGCGUAUCAUUGCAAAACUCUCAUCCAAGGAAUACACUCAGUACUAAGAAGGUUUGCAUGUGCUGCUGCAGGAGCAGCAUCCUCGCUCGUCUGUACAAAGUUGACUCAGAACUCAUUUGGGUGUUCUGUAUAUAUAUAUUUUUUUUAUUUCCACCAACGACGUCAUUCUGAAUUCUAUUUUUGUUUGUGUAUCUAAUACAUAGUGAUUUUCAUAAUCAAUGAUGAUUUGACCCGUUAACUUCGAGGACCACUUUGUUUUCUUUUGGCCAAGAUGGUUAAAGGAGUCCUUGAAAAGAAAGGACUACAAAGGAGUGGUUAUCAGGAAUUUAGUCAGUCAUUUACACCUGAAGCAUGUUGUUUCAUGGGAAUUUCAACAUUCCUCUUAAAAAAAAA